AAAAAAAGAACUUGGAUAGUCUAAGCAUUUCAUUUGGUACCUAAUAAAAAAAUUACAAAAAACAUAUAGAAAUCUCCGUUAAAAAAUCUGAUCAAUUUUGUGGUCGUCGUCAUUUCUACGCCGACAGUGCUCAGGUGAUGGCCGGAAACGAAAGCCAAGAAUUCGUUUACAGAAUCAGUACCGCCGACGAGUGGUCGGAACUGCAAACUACUAAUUCUACAUUUGGUCAACAACUUGAUAAGGAUUCCGGUUUUAUCCACCUCAGCAACCUCAAUCAGGUGAAGUCGACCUUAGAAAGAUUUUACUUGAAUACUACAGACGAGCUUUUCCUGCUCCAGAUUGAUUGUAAAAAGCUUGGAGAUGGACUGAUUUAUGAAGAUGUGGAUGGUACAAAUGUUUUCCCUCAUUUCUAUGGCCCAUCUAAAAGCUUUGUUCCUCUCACCCUUGACAUGGUUGUGAAAGCAGAAAAAAUAAUUUCAUCAAAAGGUCAAUUUACUUGUAGCAUGUUGAAUUAGGAAGCUUGUUAUAUGUAGUAAUUCAUGCUUCUCUCUCCUUCGGCAUACGCAUAUUCUACUGGUUUUAAAUAAUUUGAUGUUUGAGUCGGUCUGUUUUUGUGUUUGAUCGUGUUAUCGAGUUUGAAAUUGUUUUGGGUGAUC